AGUGAGAGUGCGUGCGUGACUGACAGACCAGUGGACACGGACGGCGGCGGCCUCCUCCUCCCCCAUCGCCUCAACCGUCGCCGCCGGAGGAAGCCUGCCCCGCGCGCCGCCGCAUCGAUACGAAUUGAAUCGCGCUCUGUUCAUGGGCAGCUUGCGCGCUCCGCCGGCGCCGGCGCCGCUCGUUGGGAGCGCCAGGGUUUUAUUUGGUUCUGGGCUCCGUUUUGCCUCCACCAGAGUCCUCAAACCCAGAGGGUUGACUGCCAGUAGCGCGAUGAAGUCGUUUAGGCUGUCCGACCUCAGCGACGCCGAGGCUAGCGGCCUCAAGGCUCGUCCCCGCAUUGACUUCUCGUCCAUAUUCGGCACGGUGAAUCCAAUUGUUGAGGAUGUCCGUGUCAGAGGCGAUGCUGCGGUUAAGGAUUAUACAGAAAAGUUUGAUAAGGUCACACUUGAUGAUGUUGUUGUGCGUGUUAGCGAUCUCCCAGAUGCAGAGCUUGAUCCAGCUGUGAAGGAAGCCUUCGACGUUGCAUAUGACAAUAUAUAUGCCUUCCAUGUUUCACAAAAAUUACCCGAGAAGACAGUUGAGAAUAUGAAAGGGGUAAGAUGUAAAAGAAUAACAAGAUGCAUUGGCUCUGUUGGGCUGUAUGUCCCAGGUGGCACUGCCGUCUUGCCUUCAACUGCGUUGAUGCUUGCUGUGCCUGCACAGAUUGCUGGAUGCAAAACUAUUGUUCUUGCCACACCCCCUAGUCGUGAUGGUAACAUAUGCAAGGAGGUUCUUUACUGUGCAAAAAAAGCUGGUGUCACACACAUACUGAAAGCUGGAGGAGCUCAGGCAAUCUCAGCUAUGGCAUGGGGAACUGCGUCGUGCCCAAAGGUUGAGAAGAUUUUUGGGCCCGGUAACCAGUAUGUAACAGCUGCCAAAAUGAUUCUUCAGAACAGUGAAGCUAUGGUAUCUAUAGACAUGCCUGCUGGCCCUUCUGAAGUUUUAGUCAUUGCUGAUAAAUAUGCAAACCCAGUUCAUGUUGCUGCUGAUUUGCUAUCGCAGGCAGAGCACGGCCCAGAUAGUCAAGUUGUUCUAGUUAUUGCUGGAGAUGGUGUUGAUUUGGAUGCCAUUGAAGCAGAAGUUAGCAAGCAGUGCAACUCUCUUCCAAGAGGUGAAUUUGCUUCAAAAGCACUUAGCCACAGUUUCACUGUGUUUGCCAAAGAUAUGGUUGAGGCCAUAUCAUUCUCAAAUUUGUAUGCCCCUGAGCAUCUGAUCAUCAAUGUUAAGCAUGCUGAGCAGUGGGAGGAGUUCAUCGAGAAUGCAGGUUCAGUUUUCUUGGGCCAAUGGACCCCAGAGAGCGUGGGCGAUUACGCAAGUGGAACGAACCAUGUCCUUCCAACCUACGGUUAUGCGAGGAUGUACAGUGGUGUAUCACUGAAUUCUUUCCUCAAAUACAUUACUGUCCAAUCCCUUACAGAGGAAGGGCUGAGAAAGCUGGGUCCGUACGUCGCAAAGAUGGCUGAAGUCGAAGGGCUCGAGGCGCACAAGAGAGCCGUUACCCUGAGGCUGCAAGAGGUUGAGGCCACUGUGACCUAGCUGCUGCCAGAGCAUGACCCACUUUUUUUGUUCAAACUCGAUGUGGGAUGUUGAAAAAUUUCCCGAUUCCUACGGGAACUGAACUGUUGAUGUCUUCCAAAACAGGGCCUAGGAUGUUAGAAAGAGGUGUUUCAACUGGUAUAUCAAAUAAUGCUCAUGUCAUUCUCAUCUGUUUCGCAAAUAAACAUGAGCUGAACUUAUUGUAUGAUUGUAUCUGUAGUGUUGUUUUCCCAGUUGCCCUUUCACCAAUAUUUGGAUGGUGCA